AAUGAUCGUCUUCAGUCAGACCAACACAAUAUCAGCACAACUCGGCUCAUCCUCCGCAUCAUGGCUCUCAUCAUGUUCAGGGGUACGGCACCCAUCCUCUUCUUCUGCAGCGUCCUGACCUUUGCACACUGCUGUGAUUGGCUCAGCCACUACAACGACCUGAGGAACAGCACUCUGGUUCUGAUCGAUUCCCUGAAAACUCCAAUCACGACCACGACUCGUCUGCCAUUCCGAGGCAGACUGUACAAGAAGAUGUAUGGGAGAGAGGAGAACUCCCAGCUGCGCUUCAUCAGAGACAGUCUGGAGCAGAUUUACAAUCUGUAUCGCCAUGGCGACAUGUCGGCGGCCGGCUGGGACGACGGGAAGACAACCAACUUCCUGGAGAGCAUCAACAGGCAGAUCGUGGAGCUCCAUGAGUGUGUGAAGUCAACUCACAACGAGACAACAAGCCAACAUUAUGAGGUUUACAAGAAGAAACUGAAGCGCUACUACCAAAACCUGAAAAAUUACACUCUGGUCGACCUUGGCGGCAGAGACGGCUGGGAGAUGCUCAGGAGGGCGACCGAACAGAACCUGAUCCAACUGGAGCAGCUGGGGAACCGGAUCAAAGCCAACAGGGGGCAGCAUUGAGCGAUUUAGCAUUUCUACCACUGAAACCAAGUCAAUACGCCUCAACUAGCGUUUUAUUGUU